GCGAAAUGUGUGUUAGCGCCUCCCUCAGUACUACGGCGGAGAUUGCGGAAGGCGCGCGUUGCUGUGUGCUGAGUUGGCGCUGAAGUAUUUGGCGGCAUCACGUGUCGGGCAGGUUCUUCUGCGAAGAUGAUUGAUCCCCUGGAAAAUGACCUUUUCGACCUCCCAGAUUAUGAGCACACAGAGGAUGAGGCAUUCCCUCCUCUGCCGCCUCCCCACUCUCCUGAUGCAGAAAACGGUGAUACGGAUCUGGCCAAUGGAGAUGACUGGACACAGAAUGUUGGUCAGACACAGAAAGAGGAAGCUCUGAAACCAGCAAGGAAGGCAGUUAAAAGACCCCAACCUAAACUUGAUGCCCAGAGGCUGACCUCACAGCGUGGCCUUCCUGCUUUGCGACACUUGUUUGAUGGGACCAAAUUUAAAGGCAAAGGUCAUGAGGCAGAGGAUCUCAAGAUUCUGCUGAGACAGAUGGAGAAUUGGGCACACAGGCUGUUCCCUAAGCUUCAGUUUGAAGACUUUCUCAGCCGGCUGGAAAGUUUGGGGAACAAGAAGGAAGUGCAGACGUGUUUAAAGAGAAUUCGGAUGGACAUGCCUAUUUUACAUGACGAUUUCACGAGUGAAGAAGUUGUAGUACAGAUGGAGGAAGAUAUUCUGGAUUUAUCAUCUGAAGACAUUACUGCACCCCGGGUUUCCUCUCCCCCAUCUGCAUCGCAGACCAGCGUGGUUGACUUAAACGAGGAGACCCGACAAAGAAUUGAGAGAAACAGACUCUUGGCUUUGGAGAGGAGGAAGGCUAAGAUGCAGACUCAAACGGACAGUCAAGUCUCCCUUUCAGAUGCUGCUUCUCUCCCCAUCCCAUCUCAGGCAGCACCUGCUGAUGAAAUUCCAGAGGACUUUGAUGCAGAUUUGCUGGAAACAGUUGAUAAAGUAGUAGAAACCACAUCACCUCUUAUAAAGGAAGAGUGUACAGCCGGCCCUGCAGAGACAGCUUUGGUCACUGAGCCACAGCGUGAUCCAGCCAGCGAUGCACUAACUCAAGUGAAAGAUGCAGACGAUUAAUUGUUAAUGUAAAUAAUUGCGUGUGUGCGUGUACAUUUUUGUGUUAAACCAAUAAACUAUAUUUUAUUUCACAAAAGUAAAACUCAUUCUAAUAUCUGGAGAGGA